CAUAUUAUUGCGCUGUACUGGAGAGACAGAUACAGAAAGACGCGCAGACUCGCAUUACAGCUCUGGGAUGAAACAGAUUCCGUCUAUAACACUCUCCAACAUUUUCAUGCAUUUAUUCUAUUAUUGUAUCAUUUCGGAGUGAUGGGUAAAACCAUUGAAGACUGAAUUGAAAUCGAUCGGGGUGAAGAGUUUGGAAACGAUGGGAUUAACUCGAUCUGCACUAGCGGAAAGAAAAGAUUGCAGGACCUUAAAAUGGCAAGUACUGCUGUUGAUUGUGUGUUUGUGCAAAUCCGUGGUAGUUACUGGACAGAUUCGGUACUCGAUUCCAGAAGAAUUGAAGAAAGGCUCGUUAGUAGGGAAUAUCGCACAAGACCUGGGAAUAGAUCUGAACAGACUGAGAGCCGGCCGGGCUCGCAUUGUGACUGAAGACAGCACUCAAUAUAUCGAGCUAAAGACAGACAAAGGGCUUUUGGUUGUUAAAGAAAGGAUAGACCGAGAGCAACUUUGCGGUGUAAUAUCUCCAUGCAGCUUUAGUUUUGAGGUGAUUCUGGAGAACCCAAUGGAGCUGCAUCGUGUAACAGUUGAAAUUUUGGAUAUUAAUGAUAAUGCUCCAAAAUUUCCAAAAAAUGAAAUAAAAUUAGAAAUAAGCGAAUCAGCUGCUCCGGGAGCGCGUUUCUUAUUGGGAAGCGCGCAGGACCCAGAUGUAGGAAUUAACACUCUUCAGAAUUAUAUUUUAACUCCUCUUGAUAUUUUCGUUUUGAAGCAACAUGCGCGUCCGAAUGGUGGAAAAUAUGCAGAAAUGGUGCUUCAGAAGCCUUUGGACAGGGAAAAGCAGGAUAGGCUCUCUUUAACAUUAACUGCUGUGGAUGGUGGAAAUCCGCAAAGGUCUGGCACUGUUAAUAUAGAUGUCAUUGUUCUAGAUGCAAACGACAAUGCCCCUGUCUUUAAUCAGUCAGUGUACAAAGCUACUGUCUUAGAAAAUGCAUCAAAAAAUACCUUCAUCACCACUAUUAACGCAAGUGACGCAGAUACCGGUUCAAACGGACAUGUAACUUAUUCGUUUUCAGACCUCGAGGGUAAUGUAAGAGACAUAUUUAAUUUAGAUGAAAACACUGGUGCGAUUUACUUAGUUGGUCAGAUAGAUUUUGAAAAAGAAAAGAAAUACGAGAUUAAUGUAGAAGCAAAAGACCACGGCGGUCUUGCGGAUUCAAGUAAAGUUGUAGUGGAGGUAAUUGAUGUCAAUGAUAAUGCUCCAGUUAUAACUGUCAUGUCCUUCUCUAGUCCGGUGUCCGAGGACUCAGCACCUGGAACUACAGUGGCUAUAAUCAACGUAAAAGAUUUAGAUUCUGGCGAAAACGGCCGGGUCAGUUGUUCCAUUAAUCGCAAUCUUCCUUUUAAAAUAAUAUCAUCUUUGACUAACUAUUACACCUUGGUAACUGAUGCAGUUUUAGACCGGGAAACGACUUCCGAAUAUAAUAUAACAGUAAUUGCCACAGACUCAGGAUCUCCAUCUCUUACGACCAGUAAAAUCUUAACUCUGAAAGUCUCAGAUGUGAAUGACAAUGCUCCUGUAUUUGAACAGUCUGCAUAUACUGCUUAUGUAGCUGAAAACAACUCUCCAGGUUUGUCUGUAUUUUCUGUUAAAGCUAAAGACUCUGAUUGGAAUCAAAACGCUCGGGCAGAAAACACGCCUCAGAGUACGGACACUGCAAUGGAGGUGAGCAUUGGUUGCCUUAUCAAUUCAUGA